AUGCCUGAGUCAAGGCCAAUCUCGUAUGGGCGAGGUGGUGCCGGCAAUGUCACCACCAGAGAUCGUUCUCCUAUCCCAGGCACCCAGACCACGCCUACCUUGAAAACCCACAUAUACACCACAGGAAGGGGCGGAACCGGCAAUAUGGCCAAGAAUGACAAUCCGGACGAAGCCCGACGAGCUCAAGAUGUGGAUGUUCCCGGGAUCAUUCUGCCUGAGGGAACACAUCACACUGGUAGAGGUGGUGGUGGAAAUCUCUACACUCCAAGCGAGGAGGAACAGAGACAGGCGCGCGAGUACAACGAGAAAGUGCGAAGAGAAUCAUUUCAGCGGGACGGUUCCAUGGAGCGUAGCGGCAUCCGAGCACUGGCAGACAAGGCUAAGGGUAAAGCCAAGGAGAAUUUGACGAGCAAGCCUAUUGGGGAAGAUAAAUAG